CCCUUUCGUAUUCCAGAUAAUUGAACACGAACAAUUUAGAUCAAAAUUCAUUCGAAAAUCACUAGAAUCCUAAUAAUUGAUGAUUAGUAAAAUCAAAUUAAAUCGAAAGGAAAUGGACACCCACCCAUCGCAAUUGACGGCGCCACUGCGCUCACGAAAUUCACAGUCGCCGUCGCCGUCGCACUCUGCGUCAGCUUCCGCCACGUCUUCGAUCCGCAAGCGAAAGCUGGCGCAUGAUGACCACGCGCCCCCAUUCCCCUCACCGUUUUCCGAUACGCGUGAUGGCGCUCUAACAUCUAACGACGACCUGGAUAGCAUCAGCGCCCGCGGAGCCGACUCGGACUCCGAUGACCAAUCGGAAGAGGUCGUCGACGAGGAGUAUGAUGACUCUUCAAUGCGCAACUUCACCACCUCUCGGCUGGAAAACAGUGGCCCCACUGCUGUGGCAGCUAGGAACUCGAAGCUCAAGACUGAGAAUUCAGUGAAAGUUGAGCCUGCUGAUGUGACAAAAGAUGGCGGGACUAAUAACAAUAGUUUUGUCGGAAAUUCUGGGGUCCCUGGGAUCGUAGUGAAGGAAGAUACUGCGAAGAGUAUUUUUACGGAAAAUAUACAGACUAGUGGAGCUUACACUUCAAGGGAGGAGAGUUUGAAGAGAGAGGAACAAACAGGAAAGCUGAAAUUCGUCAGUGUCUCAAACGAUGAUAUUGAUGAGCAUAUGGUUUGGUUGAUAGGAUUGAAAAACAUUUUUGCUAGGCAACUACCUAAUAUGCCCAGGGAGUACAUUGUUCGCCUAGUAAUGGACAGGAAUCAUAAAUCUGUAAUGGUCAUCAGACGUAAUCAGGUUGUCGGUGGUAUAACUUACAGGCCCUAUAUCAGCCAAAGAUUCGGGGAGAUAGCUUUUUGUGCGAUCACUGCAGAUGAACAAGUUAAGGGCUAUGGCACCCGGCUGAUGAAUCACUUAAAGCAGCAUGCACGUGAUGUGGAUGGCCUAACACAUUUUCUUACAUAUGCUGACAAUAAUGCCGUUGGUUACUUUGUCAAGCAGGGCUUCACAAAAGAGAUUUACAUGGAGAGGGAGAGAUGGCAUGGCUAUAUUAAAGAUUAUGAUGGAGGGAUUCUCAUGGAAUGUAAAAUUGAUCCAAAGCUUCCAUAUACUGAUUUAUCAACCAUGAUACGUCGUCAAAGGCAGGCAAUUGAUGAAAAGAUUAGAGAGCUCUCAAAUUGUCACAUUGUUUACCCUGGAAUUGAUUUUCAGAAGAAAGAAGUCGGUAUUCCCAAAAAAACCAUUAAAGUUGAUGAUAUUCCUGGUUUAAGGGAGGCUGGAUGGACACCUGAUCAGUACGGUUAUUCUCGGUUUAAAACAAUAAAUUUAUCAUCUGAUGGUGCCUCACAUCAGAAAUCAUUGGUUGCAUUCAUGCGGUCACUUGUGAAGGCAAUGCACGAUCAUCCCGAUGCUUGGCCAUUCAAAGAACCAGUCGAUGCGCGUGAUGUGCCUGAUUACUAUGACAUCAUUAAAGAUCCAAUGGAUCUGAAAACAUUGUCAAAGAGGGUAGAGUCCGAGCAGUAUUAUGUGACUCUUGAUAUGUUUGUCGCAGAUGUGCGGAGAAUGUUUGCUAAUGCGCGGACCUACAACUCCCCUGAUACAAUUUAUUAUAAAUGUUCGACCAGGUUGGAAGCACAUUUCUCGAACAAAGUUCAAGCUGGUCUCCAAUCCAGCAUCAAGAUUCAGCCUUAAGUGGUUCCUGCAUAAAUAGUAAAACUUAAGAAAUGCAGUAACCCAGAUAGCGCUUAUUUAUGAGUUAAACUAGUUGUAUGUUGAUUGUGUACAACUAGUUCGACAGAUGCAUGCUUAUCCAUUGAUUCAAUGGACAAAUGCACGCCACGCAUAUAUCCGUUAAUCUGUCUGUACAAAAUCAAUGUACAUGUAGCAGAAUUGUUUAUUUAUUAUAAAUGUGUCAAUUAUUAGUCCAGUUAAUUAACGGUAGUUAGAGCAUGUUUGAGUUCGACUACUAUAAACAUUUGGAGCCCGACACCAACAGUUGUACAUUAUUUCAUUAAUCGCACAGCAAUAGUUCUUGCUGUAACAUAGGGGAGAGAAAUUUGAAAUCUACGGAAAUUUUUGAAUAUCAA